AUUACUUGAAGAAAUAGUUGAAAUUUUAAAACCUUUUGAGAAAAUAACAAGGCACGUUUGUGGUGCCAAAUACCCUACAAUGAAUCUCGUAUAUCCACCCUUAUCAGAUUCUGAAGAAAUUGCAGAUAGUGAUACAAGUGUUAGCAGUGAUGACAAAGCUGACAUACCAUCAGCUGGAAGUAGAAAACAAUGGCAAUAUGCGCAUGCUUAUCGAAGUGUAUACCAUCGAGAACAUGGUUAUAAUCGUGUGAAAAAAUAUAAAAAAAAAUGUGUAAAUAGAAUAGAAGAACUGGAUGAUUCAGAUAUAAUAAGAUAUUUACCUUCUACAAACUGUGAUGGGCUCUUAGAAAGAAUUGAUACAGAAAGAACACAGACUACUAUAGAGGAAGAUUGUGAUUCUUUGAGCGCUGAAUUAUAG